ACUCACCCCUCCUUCCGCACACGCUUAGAGUAUAAAAGGAGAACUUUGGAUACUCUCGGUAGAGUCUGCUGCGGGUUGCGUACGGAUGCCCAGCCGGUAUUGAAGCUGCUCUACCUGGAGUGCUGGCUCUCCCUCCUAUUGGCGCACGAACAUUGUGGCAGUGGGUGCUGGUUUCUGUGAUGGGAUGCGUUGUGGUGACAACACAAAGGCGGCUGUGAUACGGCUGGGCCUGAUGGAAAUGAUAGCUUUCGCCAAACUCUUCUCUAAGGAUGACACCGUUUCCACAGCAACCUUCCUCGAGAGCUGUGGUGUAGCUGACCUCAUCACGACCUGCUACGGUGGCCGAAAUCGACGGGUGGCAGAGGCCUUUGCCACGACAGGGAAGAGCAUUGAGGAGCUGGAGAAAAUUAUGUUGAAUGGUCAGAAGCUCCAGGGUCCUGCUACAUCAGCUGAGGUUUACAACAUACUCAAGCAGAAGGAUCUGGUGGCCAAGUUUCCUCUUUUUUCAGCAGUUUAUCGGAUUUGUUUUGAGGGUAAACCAGUCCAGGAGAUGAUCUCUUGCCUGCAGAGCCACCCAGAGCACAUGUGAAACUGGAUGGACAUGUCACGACAUUUUCCUGCUAAUCAUUUAUUUCUCGAGCAUGAUAAAACCACUGGCCUUUGAUGUUAUGAUAAAAGGCAAUUAACAUAAAUCACUAUGAUCAAAAUGGCCACUCUAUUGACAGGCUUUCUAAAUUGAUCAAAUCAUGUGUAUUCCAGUGUACUUGGCCAAGCUACAUUUAAGCGUACCAUGAAGGCUACUUUUUUAAGUGCAAAUCAAUGUAAACAUAGAAGACUAAAGGCAGUAAUAGAGAGAGGAGGAUGACCAAAUAUUUACGAAACUUGACCAACAGAUCAACAAAUUAUUUCUAGAGAUGUGGUUUGCUUUUUAGAUUUUCAAGAUAUUGACUUCUUUUUUUAAUAAACAUUUUGUACGCAUUUUAUUAGAGAAUCACUUGUGCAUAGGGUUUGACAUCAGGAAGAAUAAAAUAAAAAUAUACAAAUGUCUUUGACAGUUUGUUGCAGUAAGAUUUAUAUUAUUGUUGCUGCAAGAUGUGUGAGCUUACAUCGCGCAAUACCAAAAUACUUUUGUUGAGCCCCUUGAGGGUUUUUUGUUGUUGUUGUUUUCUUUUUCUACCCAAGGACAAUUUAUCAGGAUUAUAUCAUAUCACUUCCAUUACAGUCUCCAAAUUCUCAGAUCUAUCAAUUAAUUAAUUAAUUAUUAACGUGAUUAAUUAAAGUUAAGCUAAAUAAAUCACUUUGAUUCAUUGACUGAUAUUGAAAGAUUUCAAUCUUAUUUUGAAAAGAAGGCUAUCUCACCUCGAAGCUUGCACAAUAAUUUAUACUCACUCCAAAGUUUAUGUUUUAAGCUUGUUUGACUGAAUUGUGAGUCAGUAACAGGGUGGUACUGGUAAUGUAUGUAUACAGUAGCUGUUAUUGCACUGCCAGACUGAUGGUAUGUACUUGUCUUAUGGAUAUGAACCAAGCUAUUUUAAGUUAAAAGGAGAUGUGUAUGAAUUUUGUCUUUGUUUAUAAGACUUUACUGCAACUCAGGAAGUCAGUUUCAAUGUUGCCUAUCUGAAAAUGGAUGUUAACAGUGAAAACAAGGUAUAAUAUAAGUUUCAUCCUGAUUACAUCCCAUCGAUAAUUUUCUGGGAUCUGGCUUUCCUACAACUGGUACUUCUUAUUUGAGCUUUGUCACUUAAACAUUUUGCAUUUUUAUUAGUUUCCCAGGACAAGCUAAAAUUUACAAGAUAUGAGUUGUUUAGUUUGGUUACUCUUUUUUUUACUGCAGCUCAUUUGAUAUGUGAUGAUAACUUUUAAAAAUCUCUUUAAAUGUGAAAUAUCCAUAAGAGAUUCUUCCCUUUCUUUACAGCAUUUGGCAAGUUUCCCCUGUUACAUUAAAAUAUUA